AUGGACGCCAUCAGCUCCAAGCCGACGCGGAUCAACUACCGGUCUUGGAUCACCGGAGCGCCUGAGGGCUUCACCGAUUUGUCGAGACAUCGCGAAAAGUAUGGCGCUCCGUACUGGCAAGUCUACAGGCCCGACUAUCACACCGUCCUCCUCGAGGCGGCCACGGCAGCAGGUGCAAAAGUACGCAAGGGCCAGACUGUGGUUAAAUACAAUCCGGAGGAGCCUUCAGUCGUGUUGGAAUCCGGCGAGGUCGUCCGUGGUGAUCUUAUCAUCGCUGCUGAUGGCGUCAAGAGCAUCGCGAGACGGGCCGCGGGACUUGGGACCGAACCACAUGAGACUGGCGACACUUGUUUCCGAGUCGUGAUUCCAAGGGAAUGUCUGACAAACGAUCCCGAGCUGGCGCCAUUGAGCAAAGACCCAAAUUUUGAGCAGUUCUUGGGUCCUGAUCAUCACAUUAUUGGCUACAACAUGCAGAAGGAGAAGACCUUUAACCUGCUCAUGGUCAUUCCCGAUGACCGCAAGAUGAAGGGCUACAAGGCUCCCGCCAAUGCGUCCGAGGUGCGGAAUGCGUACAAGGGCUGGUCACCCAUGAUCCAGAAGCUGCUUUCAUUUUUGCCAGACGAAGUUGAGAAGUGGCGCCUAACAGAUCUCCCUGCAAUGACCAACUGGGUGCAUCCGAGCAACAAAAUGGUCCUCAUCGGCGACGCUGUUCACGCGACACUCCCCUACCUGGCUCAAGGCGCUGCCAUGGCAAUCGAAGACGCCGCCUUCCUGGAAGAAACCUUCUCCCACCUCAAGUCCAAAGACGACCUCCCUGAUUUGCUACAGUUCUUCUAUCGGGGAAGACUAGAUCGCGUCCACGCAAUCCAGCGGGGUAGUUUUACCAACCGGUUCUUCAUCCAUAUGAAGGAGGAGGAGAUCCUGGCUAUGCGGCGCGGCGUCUUCAAGGCUGGAGAUUACGCCAGCAGCCCGAACCUGAUGGGCAACACGAUUUUCCAAGAUUGGCUGUACGGGUAUAAUGCAACAUCUGAUGCUGCACUGAGGUGGGAGAAGGAAAAUGGCGGAAUCAGUGCACGGUUGUAG